AGCAUUAAAACAUUCUUGUAAUAUAAAUAUUACAUGUAAAAUAAAACAAUCUUUUUAAUUUUGAGGAAGUAUUAUUCAUUUGGAAUUUGGAUGUUGUCACGGAAUUGCGCAGGAGGAAGUAAUAUCUUCGCCCGGCUACGCUAGACUGAUAUUAACCAGCUUGGCGGCACCGCUUCCCUGCUAACCGAGCAUUAGCGAGUACAGGCAGCGAGAAUCGGGGCACCCUGCAUUUUCUGCACCCUCAUCUUUUUUCCGUACAUAAUGUCUUUGAACAGCUUAUAUUUAAUUGAUUUACAAUCUUUGUAGGUAUCUUGAUUCGGUUAUUUUUCUCCAGUGAAAGAUUGUUCAGGUGUUGUUUAACUAAAUAGAAGGACUGAAAGUCUUUUGUCCAUAAAUCGGCAACAACGAGAACGCUGGAAGCAGUCCCUUUACUAGAUAUUUGGUGUCAUGUUUCAGGACAUCGAAGCCAAGUCAAAUUUUUGUGGGUGUUAAAACACUUCAGUGGUUAACAUCUCCUUUUAUACUGGAAAGUAGUAGGAGCCGGUCUUGUUCAAUGGAAGACUUCCAAGACAACAGGACGGCUCGUGCUCAGGUGUACAUGCACCAUGCUUGUUUAAAGUAAUGUCUUAGACCUCCAGGAAUCAGGUGUUUGCUUCAAACAGACUUGGGAAAAGAGCGAGGCAGCCCUACCUUUUUGAUUCUUGGCUGCAGGGACGACUCUGACAUCAUGAGCAGGCUGGUGCUUCGCCUUUGCACACUUGGCUGUGUGCUGAUCUGCUCUGCCGCUGUCCUGGAAACGACUGAGUUGGACCACAGGACUCAUCUUACCUGUUCACAGGACAUACGCGAGUGCACACUGAAGGACGGGGAGCAGCCUGGAUAUGGAUCUGGCCCUGUAGCAAUAUUGUCGCUGGAGCUGAAAGCCUUGUUGUGCUGCCGUCACAGCCGGGACUGCAGACCCUGUGUAGAGAUCUACCUUACCGUCAAAGGGUCCAAUGGUGAAGCAGAGGGAUCAGGGGGGCCCAGCGAUAAGUUCGGCGCCACCGUGAGCAACAUGGGAAGUGGGAGCAAUGACAGUCAACCCAGAUUUCCCUCCCACCUGUCAGUUCAGUCCUUCGUACUGUGUCACACCACUCCGAACUCUAUCAGUGUAUGCAAGAUAAUAGAGUUCACUCUGCCCCCUGCUGCCCUGGAGGACUCUGAUGAGCCUGAGAUGUGGCUGUCCCUGAUCGUAUCUAAUAAAUUGGCCUUCGGAAGCCAUCUGUUUGUGUCCGCCCAGGCUGCGAACAAGAGCAUCGUGUUGCCCUCUCAGCAAGAAGUCUGCUCCACAGCCCAGAAGGAAAUUGUGAAAGAUUGUGAUGUUCCAACGCUGCACACUGUGAUUGACUGGACGAAGGAAGAGGUCAUAGUGCACCUGACCAAUGAGGACAAAAACAGCUCGGCUUCACUGUCCAUGUGUCUGAAAUACGAAGAUACAGGAGAUUGCAUAUAUCAUAAAUGGGAUCAAAAGGAUAAUAUUUCAAUUCCGUUUCAUUCUGUUACUCCAUGUCUUUGUAUUCAGGCAUGGUGGAUGAAAACGGAUGCCUUGCGUGUCAAUAGCUGUCCCUUCAGUGACCUCAAAGAGUUUUUCAACAACACCUGGAAAAAUAUCUCGCUGCUUGUGGAGCCUGUUCAAAGCAAUGGGGGUGACACAGUGCUCACUUGGAAUCUUAGCACCCCCUGCAGGGUGGAGGCUGAACUGUGGUUGUGUGAAAAGAUGGUCGAAGGAGCUCUGCAAAGCUGUAAAGAGAAGAAGGGUUCUAGGGUGCAUUUGAGGAAGGACCAGGACUCGGAAUGGUCUGUCAGUUCCCGCGGGCAUCUGGGAAAAGGGGAAUUCAAUCAAAUUUUUCCCCAUCCCAUGCUCUGCGUAGCGGCGAAAAUAUACCGGAUGAGCGGCGAGUUGGCCAUCCAGUGUCCUUUUGCAGCCCCUAGGAGGAACUGGAGUCUACUGGUCCUUGUUACCUUACUCUUAAUCUGCCUGGUCGUCUUUCUAGCCAGUGUGCUGCAUGGCAGCUUCAAAGGAGAUGCGAACCGGGGCCACAUGGUGCUCCUGUUUCCCCCGGACACGGAGCCGGCCUUACCGGGCCUGGUGUACCGGCUGGGUUCCAUGCUGUCGGCGGCAGGCUUCAGCGUGAGUGGGGACCUGUGGAGCCGAGGAGAACUGUGCACCCUGGGAGCCGUGCCCUGGCUGCACGCGCAGCUGGAGAACGUGCAGCGGAGGGGUGGAAAGGCUGUGCUCAUUGUGACACGGACGGCCUGGGAGCUCGCUGAAAGCUGGCCGCAGGACGCAGGCAGGACUCGGCCCUUCUCCUACCCGUACCCAGACGUAUUUGUGGCGGCGCUGAGCUGCAUUCUGGCGGACCAGCUGCAGGGUCAGGCCGGCAGGCGUUUCACCCUGGUGCAGUUCGACACACUGCCCCCUACGGCCCCAGCGAAUGGUCACCCUUUCCCCGAGCUUUUCCAAGGCCUGUCCCUGUACAGCCUACCCUCGCAGCACUUGGACUUCGUGAUGGAGUUGGUGGCACCCUGUGGGUGGGCUGGCUCCUGGCUGGGAAGACUGCAGGGUAGGCUGUGGGUGUGGGUGCUGGGCCUCUACAAGGCCAGGGGUCUGCAUAGGCACUGGCUUUCCAGGCACUUCCAGGGUGGCACCAGGUCAUUACAGGGAACGCUGUGGGAGACAGCUCCCCUGCGCCCUAGCCCCAGUGCCUAAGUGCCCACCUCUGCCCCCGCUAUCAGACCUCUCUCCCUGGAUUAGAGCUAACUGAGUUCCAUGGACACAUCCAGCCUGAAAAAGGCCUCUUUUUACCCCCUAGUCGGACGCACCUCGUCCUGAAACAAACACUCUCUUUUAAAUAUUUGUAUGUUUGUACAUAGCCAGAUGCAGUCAUGUUGACUUCUUUUAUAUCCAAAACUGUAUUAUGAUAUUGUUGUUUUUAAAUGAGAAUGUUAGUGUGACGAUAAGCUGAAGGUUUGUUCAUGAGCUAUUUGUGUUGCCUUUCUGAAAGACUUUCAGUUUGUUUGCAUCAGCACUCAGUCUUCUUGCAGUUUUUUCUUUCAGGGUUGGUAACUGAAUUUAGCUUAGUGCCAAUUAUUGUCUACCAAGUGUAACAGCGUGUGUCGAUAUCAUAUACCGGGAAAUCCUUAUUGGCCGCAAGACAUCAUCGUUAUUUUAAUAAGUAAUUAGUAUUACAUUUUGUAACAGAUUUUGUUGAUUGCUCAUGUUACUGUGAAUGUACAGCACUCAGAUCAUC